GUCAUUUUAAAUUUGUAUAUUUCUUUGGCAGCACUGACACAUCCUAAGGCAUUUCGAGAGAAACAAUCUGCGAAACAUGUUCCGAAAAUCGGGCAGGGCGUGUGCCCUUCUUGGAAAACGUUUACCCCUUAGUUUCGAUCCCCUGAAGAAGAUGCCGGCUGUUCAACUUCUCUACGAAGGAGCUGCAGCUUCAGGACCACUCGCCUUCAAAAAGUCACAGGAUAAUAAGCUAACAUCUCAAAACAUGAAUUGGUUACUCCAAAGUGGACACCUUGUGCGAGGCUAUAGCACCGAAUCAGCUUCCACAGGGACCACGACGACUGUCAAGCUGAGUAAGAGAGAGCAACUGAAGCAGGCAUUCAAGGAGUACGGAGCCACAAUAGUGGCCUUUCAUGUGGGCAUUUCGGUCAUAUCGCUUGGCGGUUUCUAUGCACUCGUUUCCAGUGGAAUAAACCUGAUGCCCAUACUGGAGUACCUUGGAAUAGGAUCAUCGGCGAUUGCGGAAAAAAUUUCCACAGGAAGCACCUUCGUGGUGGCCUUCGCCGUUCACAAAGUCUUUGCGCCUGCCAGGAUAAGCAUUACGUUGGGAACAACGCCGUUCAUUGUGCGCUACUUGCGGGCCAAAGGACUCCUAAAGCCGAAGGCUUCAUAGAAAUGUGCCAUUUUUUAACUUCUUAUCAGAGUAACGUUUUGUUACAUUACCUUAUAUGGCCCAUUUAAAAAUUUGAAACGUUUUAUCAAACAAUAUUCCUUUGCUUAUCAGUUUGACUAUAUAUAUAUAUGCACCAUAUAUAUAUAUAAACCUUAAAAAACCAA